UAACAAGGGUUUACAGAGAGUCCAGAGAAUUUUAUUCUCGACAGUAUUUUAUACUGACCAAAGCUUACAAACUAUAAAACAGCUGUUGUUGACCAGAGAUUACGUUGCAGUUUAAGAGAACCGCGUUGCGUGACAUUUAAUCGUUUGAAAAUGCUCGUUUAGAAUUUGUAAUUUGAUUUGGGACGUUACCUAUUUAAAAACUGAACGUUGUUUGGAAAAUCCAGGUUCGGAUUGUAUUUGAAUUCGGGCGUUUGUUGCCGUGUUGUAUUUUGAGUUUUCAAACUUCCCCAGGGUUCGUGGAACGAUGUCCUUUGCCGGGAAGCCUUUUGUUUAUUCUGUUUCAGGUGAAGAACAUGUCUGGUGCAGCAGCGAAGUUCGUGUUCUUAUUGCCAGGGAUUCCAAUGUCCAUUGUUUGAAGUCUGCGUGUCCUCAAAAUACAAGGAUUGACUUUCUGCCCGUAUCUGGUGCAAAGUAUGUGUCUGACCGGAAGGGCUUUAGAAAGCUGCUGCAUCAAGAGCUGAUGUCAGGUUGUUACGACAUACUGUACCUGCAUCUUGGCUCUAACGAUGUUUACUGCAAGGAUAGCGAUUUCUACCGUUGUGUGACAGAGAUCCUUGAUGUUGUAUUCAGUGUGUGCACUGAAAUUAACGUGGUGCUUUGCGAGAUUCUUCCACGUGAUUUUGAUGUGAGAAUGUUUUCCCGAUGGCCACUCUCAGGGGCACAGUUGAGGAACUACUGCCAGUGGAUAAGGAGCGCAAACAGCAUGCUGUGGGAACUGAGUCACCAUGUGCCUUCUGUGAGAUACAUGGACUAUUGAGCAACUAAACAGAAGUCCCUGUACUUGUCCCAUGAUGGACUACAUCUGAGUGCUGAAGGGGCUAGGAGGUGUUUAGCAUCCAUACAGGACGACCUGCCAAACCAGCUGUGUGUGGAGGCUGCUGUUCAAGAUGCUACAGAAUGGCCAGCUCUCUCAGCCACGGAAGUACCGGUUCAGGAGCAUGACAGCACCAUAGCACUCUUU